AAAAUUUUUUUAAAAAGGGUAAGAAGAAAGAAAGAAAAAGCUUGUCCAUCGUCAUCAUAGAUACCAAAGUAAAUGGCCCAACAACCAAAGCUCCCUGUUGUUGAUGUGAAAUAAACCCUCACAACAAUAAAAUUGUUCCAAUACUAAAAUCCAUCAUCAUUUUUAGCAAACUUUCCAUCAUCUCAGCAGAGAUGACACUGACACCAUAAAUCAUAAAUGCAUGAUUAACCUUCCUACCUCCCCCUCCAAUCUUCCAUGAUUCAUUGAUUCUUGAUAGUUCUUCCUUCCCCCAAAUUCCAUCCUACCGCCGGUCUAAGGUAACAAAAAAAAUGGCGGAUUUUUUCCUCUGUGCCACUUUCCUCGGUCUCCUCGCCGUCAUCCAACCACUCUACAGCCUAACGGCCGCCCCUGCAGCCACCGCCAGCUCACCGUACCUUUCCGCUACAACCCUUUUCCAGAACUACGAAAAGAUGCUCACUUCUUUCAAAAUUUACAUCUACAAUACUCCGCAAGAAAACUCCGUUAGCACUUUCUCAGCCCAGCCGAUUUCUCUCUUCUAUAGCUCCCUAAUAAACAGCCAAUUUAUCACUCAAGACCCAGAACAAGCUCAUCUCUUCUAUAUUCCUUCCCCUCCGGACAUCUCCGCCCGUUCAGGAGCGCGUAUUGUCAGAGAAAUCCGAACAAAUUAUCCUUACUGGAAUCGUACUUUGGGUGCCGACCAUUUCUUCGUAGCAUCCAACGGCGUUGACUCUUCGUCGGACCGAAACGCCGUCGAGCUGAAGAAAAACGCAGUUCAAAUAUCCAUCUUUCCGACAACCUCCGGUAACUUUAUUCCCCACAAGGACAUUACCUUGCCGCCGUUGAAUCCGUCUCCGCUGGCUCUAGUUGACGAAGGUCCGGCAACAAAAACGCCGUCGUACCUGGGUUUCAUGGUCUGGGAUGAUAAUAAUAAGAGAAAAGUCUCUUCGUCUUUGGUCAACGAAAUGAAGGGAGACGAUGAAUUCAGAAUCGAAUCAGAACCGUUGGAUCGUAUCAACGUGAUUAAGAGCAGCAAGUUCUGUUUGUUUGCGUACGAAGAAGGGGACCUGACGUGGAUGGUGGAGGCGAUGGCUAUGGGGUGCGUGCCCGUGGUGCUCGUGGACCAUCCGAUUCAGGAUUUGCCGUUGAUGGACGUGUUGAGAUGGUCCGAGAUGGCUUUGGUGGUGGCGACACGUGGAGGGGUGAGGAGGCUGAAGGAGGUGCUGACUGGCGUUGACCAAGUCCGGUACCAGAAAAUGAGGGAACUGGGAGUGACGGCCAGCCGGCAUUUGGUGUGGAAUUUGGAACCACAGCCGCAUGAUGCUUUCCAUAUGGUGAUGUAUCAGCUUUGGCUCAGACGGCAUACCAUCAGAUACGGCCGGAGGCAGUGGGACUAGAUUUUACUGGAUUGUAGAGUUUAUUAAUUUGUGUUUGUUUUUUUCAAAAAAUUAUUAAUACUAAUAAAUUAUGUGAUUGUACCCAUUCAAAUAAUCUACAUUGUAUUUAGACUAUUUUUUUUAAACAGACCUUAUUAGUAUAAGGUUUUGUUCAAGUUUGAAAGUUAAUACAAAUGUAAUCUAGCUCAAGUUUUUGGCGUAUUCAUUUUUUUUAGCUGUAAAAUGUGAUCAAUUAGUACGCAGACACAAUUGUCCAAAAUCAUCCAUUAUCGAGCAAAAGUAACGUUAUUCAGAAAUUAUUCUCUGUUGUACCACGUAGGAUUGUGCAGCCAGAUACAAUAAUAGGGUAAAGUAGUAAUUUUAGAGGGAGAAAAAUAAUUUUUAUGGGAGUUAUACCACUAAAAUAAUAGGUGUUAGUACUUGCUGCACAAAAAAACUGUACCCAAU